AUGAGUAUUGAGGACAUUGCCAAGACUGCUUUUCGCACCCACGACGGCCACUACGAAUUCACGGUAAUGCCUUUUGGCUUAUCCAAUGCACCUGCAACCUUCCAAUCCUUAAUGAAUUCGAUUUUCCGUCCCUUGAAGGUGAAACUGAGCAAGUGCUCAUUUGGCCAAGAUCAAAUUGCUUAUUUGGGGCAUACCAUCUCUGGCAAGGGAGUUGCUGUGGAUCCCUCUAAAAUAAAGGCUAUCAAGGACUGGCCCCGACCAACAUCUCUCAAAGGCCUGCGUGGUUUCCUCGGUUUAACCGGUUACUACAGAAAACUUUUCAAGCAUUACGGCCUACUUGCCAAACCACUAACCAACAUGUUGAAACAAGGCAGCUUUUCGUGGUCAACUGACUCCCUUAAGGCAUUCGAAGCUUUAAAGCAGGUGCUAUCCACAACAUCGGUGCUCGCCCUCCCAGAUUUUACAAAGCCAUUCGUCGUUGAAACUGAUGCAUCAGGCAAUGGAAUUGGAGCUAUUUUAAGCCAAGAGGGGCACCCCAUUGCUUACUUAAGCAAAUCACUUUCCGGCCGUACACUUCAGCUCUUCACUUAUGACAAAGAGAUGUUAGCAAUCGUCUUUGCUGUGCAACACUGGUGCCAUUAUCUUUUGGGACAACAUUUUCGCAUUAUCACAGACCAUCAACCCCUCAAACAUUUUUUGGAGCAGCGCAUAACAACCCCUCAACAGCAAAAAUGGUUAGUGAAAUUACUGGGGUAUAACUACUCGGUUGAGUAUAAACCCAGUCCUCAAAAUAGUGCACCAGAUGCUUUAUCGAGACAACAGGACCUACUGCCGUUAAUGGGGCUGUCCACACCUAUUUUUGAUUGCAUACCGCAAUUACAACAGUCCUAUCCACAAGAUCCACAACCCCUGCCCAUUCCCACUGGUGUCUGGCAAGAUAUAUCUCUCGAUUUCAUCGAAGGCCUGCCCCUCUCCAACGGGUACACAGUCACCCUUGUGGUGGUCGACCGUUUAUCCAAACAUGGCAAUUUUAUCCCCCUGAAACACCCAUACACUGCAGCCUCUAUCGCAGACACUUUCAUCAAAGAAGUCUUCAUCCUACACGGCAUGCCUAAGUCGAUUGUGUCUGAUCGUGAUCCCAUUUUCAUCAGCAAUUUUUGGCAAGAGUUUUUUAAACUCCAAGGCAGCAAACUGUGCCCAAGUUCAGCUUACCAACCUCAAACAGAUGGCCAAACCGAGGUUCUCAACCGCACAUUGGAACAUUAUCUUCGUUGCUUCUCCACUGACAAACCCUCCAACUGGUCUUCUCUUUUUCCCUGGGCAGAAUGGUGGUAUAACACCACGUUCCAAUCGGCCAUAAAAAUGUCUCCAUACCAGGCUGUUUACGGUAUUGAACCACCAUCUAUCCGCAUGUAUAUGCCCGGCUCCACUGCGGUUCACUCCGUUGAUGCUGCACUCCAAGACAGAGAUAUGUUACUACGUCUGCUGCGCACAAACUUGCAGAUGGCACAAAACAAAAUGCGGCAGGUUUAUGAUCAAAAGCGAACCGAGCGGGAAUUUAGCGUUGGCGAUUGGGUUUAUCUCAAGCUCCAACCAUAUCGCCAACAAUCAGUAGCUACAAGAUCAGCUAACAAAUUGGCACCCAAGUUCUAUGGACCUUUCCAAGUUACUCACCGCAUCGGGUCCGUUGCUUAUUGCCUUCUCCUACCUUCAGAUUCCAAGAUCCAUCUGGUCUUUCACGUGUCUUUCCUCAAGCAGAAGAUUGGGGAUGCUGCUACGCCACUUCCACAAUUGCCUCUUAUCGACUCCACAGGAUUCCUCCACUGGCAGCCAGAAAAAGUCCUCGACAGAGGCAUUUUCAAGAAGAAAAACAAACCUGUGACCAAAUGGCUCAUACAGUGGGCUGGCCUACCCGCGGAAGACGCUACCUGGGAGGUGGCCGACAACAUCUUGGCCCGUUACCUCGACUUCCAGGCCUGA